AUGUUCAAAGCCCUCAUGGGCGGGGGCAACCGGUCGUCCUCCGACGUCCGAAGCACCACCAGCUCCAGCUCCAAGUCCAGCCGUCGCAAGACCGAUUCCAAGUCCACACAUAGCCGCAAGUCCUCACGGGGUGACGACCGUGAUCGCGGCCUGGGUGACUUGGUUGACUAUGAGCCCUCUGCUUCCGGGAGCCGCCGUACUGCUCCAAGCGCCGCUGGUGAUUCUGUCGCUUCCUUCGUGACCGCCGAACCCGAGUCCUACGAUUCCCCCGAUCGCAUCAUCGAGCGGACCCCCAAGCGCAGAGAUAGCGAUCGAGAGAGCAAGGCCUCUCGCCGCCGUGACCGCGACCGAUCCGAGAGUCGCGAUCGUGACCGUGACCGUGAACGUGAAAAGAGAAAAAGCCGCCGAGCGACCGAUGACGAUUUGGAUCGCGAGGACCGCCGUGAGCGCCGGCGCACACAUUCGGGAGACCCCUAUAUGCCAUCCAGUGCUCCUGGCGCUCAAUUUGCCGCCGAUGUGGCAGCGCCUGGCUUUUCACAAUUCCCCGGCCAAUACGACAGUGGAAUGCCGCCGGCGGCCUUCUCGCCCGCCCACGACUCUUCUCCAUCGCCGUAUGACCCUCAUGUACAACAACAAUUCCCUGGUCAAUUCCCCACCGGCACUGCAGAGCCAUAUAUGCCCCCGAAUCCCGCCGGUGCUGCCGCAGAUUAUUAUGGUGACCAAGGCCAGUCCGUUGAGCAGCAACCUGGCAUCCGGCCGCCUGAGCCUCUGGUAAUCCCCGCUCAUCAAGCGCAUUUGCAAGCCGCGUCUCCUACUUCCAACCCCCCGCCAGAGCCUAGCAGUGUUGGUGCAGUCGGUGCGGCCGCCUCUUAUUUCGAUGAUGCGGGUCCCGUCGAGUCGCAAGCCGUUCCUUCAAAGCCCUCCAAGCCUUCCAAGCCUUCCAAGCCUAGCAAGCCUUCUGCCAGCGCGGUCCCUGCAGCAGCACUAGCAGCCACCGCGGGAGCUGCAACAUAUGGUUUGGGACACGCCUCGUCCUCCUACGAAGACACCCAGUCCCAGCAUUCCAACUCUGCCUAUCACCAAUCAGCUUCGUACUCGCAGCCGGCUGCCACUAGUACCAGCAAGCCGCCAAAGCCUUCUACAUAUGGUAUUGGUCCCGGCGUUGGAGUUGCAGCAGCAGGUGCAGCAGCAGGAUAUAUGCUCGGCCAUCAGCAUCACUCCUCGAGCCCGGAGAGCGCGUCUCAAUAUGCUCAUCAACAUCAGCAUCAGCAUCAGUAUCAGCACUACGGGGACUCUUCCCAGGCUGGUCUGCCCCCAUAUGCUUCCGGUUCUCAUAAUGCCAUGAUGGCAACGGGAGCUGCAGGUGCAGCGGCGUAUGCUGCCCAUGCUGGUCAUUCUCAUUCUCAUUCGCACCCAAUCUCGCACCGUCCAGGAUACUACCCCUACGCGCCCGGUGGUCUUGCAUAUCAACAGCGCCAGCGAGGUCCCCUCUCGAAAUUCGUGGACUUCUGGCGCGACCCGGAAGCUGUGGGACGAUUCGAGGACUACACCGAAACCAUUGGUGUCUGCAAGUACUGCUUUGAUCCGCAAACCACCUCAAUUGAUGCGCCUCGCAAACAUCACUAUGAUCGGCGUCGACACUCUGCCGAUCGCUACAGCGCUAGCAGUUCUUCCCGAGUGAGCAAACUCAGUCGAUACCAUUCUUCGGAAGAUGAAAGUCGGCGCAAGCGAUCGAGCAAGAAGUCGUCCUCGUGGUUGCCGGGCAUGCUGGCUGGCUACGCCACAAAGUCAAUCUUUGCUGGAAAGGAUUUUGAUGACUCCUACAGUGUUCGCUCUGGUCGUAUGGCUGGUGACCGUGUCUCUCACGAUGGUGAUGAUCUCUCCAACUCCGACCGCAGAAGCUAUACUUCGCGUGGUGUUGUCCGCCGGUCCGAACGCAGCCCACAGCGAGAGUACCACUCAGACAGCAAGCAUUCUCGACGGACCCGUUCUCGCUCGCGAUCUUCCUCCCGAUCUGGUCGUCAUUCGUUUGUCAAGAAAGCCGCCUUGGGUGCCGCUGUUGGUGCCGGUGCUCUUGCUGUCGCGAAACAUCACAAUCGAAGCCGUAGCCGCUCUCCCUCGCGCACGCAACGCCGCAAGGAAUCAUCUUCCGACUCUUCCUUUGUCGACUUUUCUCGACCUGCUCCCAAGUCUGUUGGAGGUUUUACCUCUUUCUUCACAUCCAGCUCUGAAAAUCGUGCGAGGAAGCGAGAGUUGAAGAAGACUAGCAAGAAGAAGAAGAAGACCAAGCGUGGAUUUUUCUCAUUCAAUAGUUCCUCGUCUUCCGAUCUUGAUGCCGACCUAGCUUUUGGAACUGGAUUUUCGAAGAAGUCUAAGUCUAAGAAGGAGAAGAAGAAGGGCAAGAAGGACGAAGAUAUCAAUGCAGCACUUCUUGGCUUGGGUGCUACUGCCACUGCUCUUGCUGCUUCAUCUCCUAAUCGUCGCAGCACUGGUCAAAUGCUAGCUGGCAGGGAAUCUCGCUCUCGUCACUCCCAGUACGCUUCGUCUGCGAACGAGGAUGCAGAAUGGAUUGACGCCGAUUCUUCUGAAGACUCUCCAUCGAGCGUUAGCUCCGCCCUGGCUUUCGGUGGUGCUCACAGCAGCGAUUCUCAUUCCGACUCCAGUAGCAGUCGUGGAGGCUGGGGUUGGAGAUGGGGAAGCAAGAAAGACAAGAAAGACAAGAAAGAGAAGAAGGAGAAGAGUUCUGCCGCCAAUGCUGCUAUGGCCGUUGGUGCUGGUGUUCUCGGAAGUGCUGCUAUUGCUUCGGUUGCUCACCAACGCGAUAGUCGUCCAUCUAGCCAGGCUGGUAGCCUGCAGCAGGUUUAUCCUGUGCCUACCUCCGAUCCUUCUCGCUUUGACGUUGCCAACAUGUCUCCAUCUGUCGUCUCCGGUGGUCAAACUCCUCUCCAGCCACAGCCUGUCACGCCUGUCUCUCAAGCCAUUUACACCUCUCAAGGCACCAUGCCAGUCUCUAUUCCCGCUUACAGCGCACCUGUUGUCCCUGCUAUCUUUGCCAAUGAACAAGAUCAGUACGACUCUCGAUUCCAAGCCUCUCGGGAUCCUGCCUGGAGUCGAGAUGAUGCCGAUAUUCGCAAACCCCGCCGAAGCGACUCCUCUCCGGUUUUCCCUACUCAAGAGACUGCAUCGAGCCUCAAGCGCCGCUCUACGACUAAAGACCAAGCCUCUGUUUCUUUCAACCUGACCGACGAGCAAGCCGAGCGCGAACGCCGUCUCAACCGCCGUGACCAGAGAUCACGCGAAGACUUCCACGGCGAUCAAUCAGUCCAGUUGAUCGACCGCGAAGAAGAGGAUGCUCAGCGAGAUGCAGACCGUCGCGAGCGCCGUCGUAAGGACCCAGAGGAAGAAGGGCGUCGCGAGAGCGGAAAGGACAAGAGCUCUUCCUCAUGGGUUGAAGCAGCUGCCAUUGGGGCCAUUGGCGCAGUUGCAGUCGGUGCCCUUACCUCUUCUCAUAAGUCUGACAACGCCUCUGAGAUUAGCUCUCAGCGCGUUUCUCGUAGUGAGAAGCGUCGAGCGGAAAGAAGACAGCAAGGUGACGCCGAAUCGUCCAUUGUGUCGAGAUCUGACAUCCCAGAGCCCGUUGAGAGGGUAUCAUCUGUGGAAACCCGUGAUGCGGAAGGCAAGCGUUCAUCUCGCAAGACCGCCUCUCCAUCCCCUGUCCAUGAUAACUACGCCGAAUUCUACGCGCCUUCCGAAAUUCGUCACAGUCCAGAUGAACAAAAGACUCGCGAUGUUGCUGAGCAGCCUUCGAUCGUUGAAGUCGUCCCUGCUUCCGUCCGCAAGGCCCGCGGAGAAUUGCGCGAUGAAGACAUGUCACGAUUCGGACAAGAACCUUAUGAAAAUCACGAAGGACUUCCCGUGAAUGGAUCUGCUCUGGGCAUGUCGACCCCUACCUCCGCAGCGCGAGCCCCCGAAACCGAACAACUCGUCGAGUACGUCGAACCCGAAGAGCAUGUUGAGCAUGCCGAACAGGUCGAGCCUCCCGAACCCGUUGCGCGUAAGCAGCGUGAGCGUCCAUCAACUGGCUCUCGUGUUUCCUGGGGCGAGCACUCAACCCACGAGUACGAAGUGCCUUCUUCCUCCGAGCAAGAUCCGCUUGAGCAUGACAUCUCUCCCAUGGAAGACAACGCCAGAGACCUUUCUCUGGGCGACCUGGAGCAAUUUAAGUCCAAGUCCAAGGAUGUCAGCUCCAAGUCUGGUUACGGCGAUGACAUCGAAUUCGCUGCCAUCGUUGCCGCUGGAACUGAAGCAGCCGGCUUCGAUCCCUCCUUCAUCAUCGAUGAUCCGAAGUACCACACCCGCACUUCCCCACCCGGCUCAGGUGAUGAAGGAACAUUCUCUCCGCGAUCGAACUGGGCUACUCAGAAUCCCGAAAGCCACGGCUACGUCGAGGGCGAAGUCGGCAGCUAUGAUCGCCAGUCCAGAGAUAUCGGCCCUAUUACCAGCGACCCAUUCUCCGCUAAAGACAAUGAUCUUUCUUCAUCCCCAACUCGCGAGCGCAGUUCCAUUGCCCAGGAGGUAAUUGAACAAUUAAACGGCAAGCCUCGCCACGAAUCUCUCGAUGACCACAAUGUUUUCUCCAUGCCUGGUGGAUUUGGUGAUGAUGAGCCUCGCAAUAUUGAACCUCGUGAUGAUUCAUACUCGGCUGUUUCUGCUCCUGUUUCAAAGGAGGAUAAGAAGAAGUCCAAAUCUAAGAAGUCUCGUCGUAGCGGCGAUGAUAUUGAUUUCUCUCGGGAACUGCCCCGUGAUGUUCAGCCUUUUGCGGAAGAGACUCCUGCUGAUGUCCCCCGAGAUGUCGAGGUUCCGUAUGAUACCUACUCGGCUGUUUCUGCUCCCGUUAGCAAAGAGGACGAGAAGAAGUCCAAAUCCAAGAAGUCUCGUCGUAGCGGCGAUGAUAUUGAUUUCUCUCGUGACCUGUCUCGCGACGUUCAGCCGUUUGGAGAGGAGGCUGUUGCUGAUGCCCCCCGAGAUGUCGAGGUUCCGUAUGAUACCUACUCGGCUGUUUCUGCUCCUGUUUCAAAGGAGGAUAAGAAGAAGUCCAAAUCUAAGAAGUCUCGUCGUAGCGGCGAUGAUAUUGAUUUCUCUCGGGAACUGCCCCGCGAUGUUCAGCCUUUUGCGGAGGAGACUCCUGCUGAUGUCCCCCGAGGUGUCGAGGUUCCGUAUGAUACCUACUCGGCUGUUUCUGCUCCCGUUAGCAAAGAGGACGAGAAGAAGUCCAAAUCCAAGAAGUCUCGUCGUAGCGGCGAUGAUAUUGAUUUCUCUCGUGACCUGUCUCGCGACGUUCAGCCGUUUGGAGAGGAGGCUGUUGCUGAUGCGUCCCGAGACGUCGAGGUUCCUUAUGAUAAAUACUCGGCUGUUUCAGUACCCGUCGGACAGGAUUAUGAGAAGGCAAAGUCAAAGAAGUCUCGUCGCAGUGGCGAUGAUUUUGAUAUCUCUCGUGAUCAGCCUCGCGACGUCGAACCCUAUUCUAAGGCUCCCCGUGUUGAUUCUCCUCGGGAUGUUUUUGACGACCGAUAUGAUUCGCGCUCGGCUGUCUCUGCUCCUCUCGAGAGAGACUCGGAGAAGUCGACCAAGUCAAAGAAGUCCCGCCGAAGCGGUGAUGAUUUCGACCUGCCUCGUGACUUGCCCGCUGAUCUGACCCGCGAAAAUGUUUCUCCCGAAGAUGAUGAAGGUAGUGAUGAGAAGAAGAAGCGGCGCAAGCAUCGCUCCAAGCGUGAUAGCGAUACUUUCUCCGUUGAUGACGAUGCCCGAUCCGCCGUGACCUCCUAUGAGGAUGCGGAUAAGUCUGAGCGCCGCAAACACCGCCAUCGUUCUUCUGGCCUUCGCGACUUUGAUGACAAUGCUUCAAUCACCUCGUCUCCCGCAAUUAUUGACGAGACGCGUGAGAAGCGCCGCAGUAAGGACAAGGAUGAGAAGCGAUCCAAGCGUGAGAGCGACCCUUUCUCCGUGGACGAUGAUGCCCGAUCUGUUGUGACCGCUUAUGAAGAAGGAGACAAGUCUGAGCGUCGCAAGCACCACCGCCGCCAUCGCUCCUCUGGUAAUGACUUUGAUGACAAUGCUUCCAUCACAUCUUCUCCCGCACGUAUUGAUGAAACACGAGAGAAGCGUCGGAGCACUAGCAAGGAAGACAAGGAAAAGAAUCCUUCUGGGUUCCUGCGCAACCUCUUUGGUUCGCGCGUCUCAGCACCUGCCGAUGACAGAAAUCGCUCUACCUCCUCCUUAGAGAAGCAUUCAUCUCGGGAGGCAAUGUCAGAGGCUGGCGUUGACGACGAACGGCGCCGCCACAAGAAGCGCUCUUCCAAGUCGCGCAGCUCCAGCCGUGGAUCGAAGCGGGAUGAUUUUGAUUCGGACAAGGAUGCAGAGCUCCGGGAUGGUACCAAUCUGGAAGAGUAUCGAUCACGUCGGCAAGAGAAGGAAGAGCGCCGUCGCCAUCGGUACGAGGAGAUCGUUGAAUCUGGGAAACGAAGGGAUAAUGAGAAGGUAUAG